AUGUGUCAAGUCACCCCCUUCACGCUCCCCUGCUGCAAAAGAGUCUACGUCGAAGUCUUCAAGCUCCCAAGCUGCCCCGAUGCCUGGCCCACUAGCAAAUGUCCCCCGGAACUCUGUCUCCAAGUCCAUGGAUAUGAGCCACAGAAUCGUGCCUUUGGUAUCUGCUGGAGAUGUAAAGCUGCUUCAUUGAACAAGACUGGAGAUGAGCGAGAGCUCAUGAGGCCUGCGAUAGACAGCGCGGAUAUUGUGGUGGGAUUAGAGGAGAUUGAUGUUCAGGAGAGAAAGAAGGCCGUGGAGGAUCAUGGGAAGUGCUGGUUUUGUAGUGCGAAGCGUGGCUGUGAGGAUUGUGGAGCGGGGCCUGUUACUGCUGGGGAUAUCAAGGAUGAAGAGCCAGCCGCCGUCGCCGCCGCUCCAGCUACCGCUACUUCGAACAAGAGAGUGCGAACGGAAUCUAGUGCUCAAGCUCCCAGAAAACGCGCAAGAAAGAGAGCAAUGGUCGGACACGGUCGUUAUAACGAGCAGAUCGCGCGUACAGCAUCAGCAUCAAUGUAUCCUGACCCCCUUCUGGCUUCUCAAUUUCACGGGUAUUCAUAUCCUGCUGCUCAACCACCUGGAUGUGAUAUUCCAUUUCCCGCCAUGGAAACUCCACACGGAGGAUACUCGACUUUUCAAUUUGGGGGAUUCACUCACGGCAACGCGACCGCGUAUCAACCUACAUCACGACCCUUGUCGAAUGUCUACCAGACGGGACCAGACUACCAUGAGAAUGCGUUUAUGUACCAGCAUAGACCUUCAGGCGGCAUCCAUUUGGGCCAACAUCAAAUGUCCGGUCAGGUUCAUAUGAGCCAUGGCCAAGACCAAGGAGCUGGAGUUGGAGCCAGAUCUUCACUGAAUACUGCCAUCUAUCCACAAGGCCCCGAGCACCAUUCAAGUUCCGGCGGAGGAAUUGAGAACACUGCUGGAAAUUUAUCGGCUAUGAUGAAUUACGAACGACGCUUUGAAAAUAUCGACGGUGUCCUGAUCAACAGCACCAUGGGAGUCUGGAAUACAGAACACCACCCAAUUGGAGCGCAGGCAUCUGAUGAAGUUACACAUGGCUACGAAUCACCUCCCGAGGAACAUUCAACCGCCACGUAA